AUCGGACCGUUUUUUAUCUGCAUAUUUGUCUAAUUAUAAAUUCUACAUAUUCGAACGUACCACCUCAGAUUAUCCAUGCAUGCACAUAUCGCACCGGGGCCCCUUGGCCAAACAACACUCGUAUUGACGACCAGUAUCGACAAUGUACAAAAAAACAGCGGCAGAACUCCGUCACAGUGUACACCAGAGCCUCGAAAACUAUCCAUAUAAUGGGGCUGGCAGUGCCCAGGCCAAUUUGCAGGCCAGUUGCAAAAAUUCCUUGAGCUUUGUGCAGCGCCUAGAUCUACUGCAGACGCUAAACGUGCAUAAUGGCUGCGUGAACACAGUGAACUGGAAUGCAAGCGGAACGCAUAUUGUAUCUGGCUCCGAUGACAAUCAUUUGGUCAUUACGGAGGCCAAGAGCGGUCGGGUGGCACUCAAGAGCAAGACCCAGCAUAAGCGUCAUAUUUUCAGUGCUCGCUUCAUGCCACACAGCAACGACCAGAGUGUCGUUUCCUGCUCUGGCGAAGGUCUAGUCAUUCACACUGAGUUCCUGAUUCCAUAUAGCUCCGAAAACUGUACAAAGACGGAAGACCCUCUAGUUGGAGAGAGCAGCCGAAUCGCGAACGUUUUUGAUUGUCACACCUUUGGGAGCACCUUCGAUGUUUUGCCAUUACCCGAUGCACCGCGCUCCUUUCUCAGUUGCGGAGAAGAUGCAACUGUACGCUGCUUCGAUCUUCGCCAAUCGAGUAGCUGCUCCAAGCGCAUGUGCCAAAAGCACAUCCUCAUAAUGGCGCCCUGUGCCGUGACAGCCAUGGACGUGGCUCCAUUUAAUCACAACAACCUGGCCAUCGGCUGUUCAGACUCGAUAAUUCGCAUAUACGAUAGGCGCAUGCUGGCAAAUGCAGAAUCUGCGUCUGUGUCGGUGGGCUCAACAAUACCGCUUAAGGCCUACCCCAUACCGAUGGAGUACACGCGUCGGCACUAUCGCCCGACCUGCGUUAAGUUUAAUAUGAACGAAUCGGAGCUUCUGGUCAGUUACUCAAUGGAGCAGAUUUAUCUGUUUGAUCUGAAACACCCCGGAUAUAACGACGCAGGUCUGUUGAAGAGCGGCUGUUAUACGCCUAAGAUGCGCCGGGAAGAUGAUCCCGAUCCGCAAAUGCCGCGUCUUCGCUUUCGUGGCGAUUGGUCAGACACUGGGCCGAACUCCCAGGCCAUUGCCGAGCAGGGUUUCAACGGUCCCAAUGUGGGCCAGGCUCGUCCACCCCUUGAACCUGGGGUACUCAGUCGACUCAGUGACGAAAUCUUUCGCAUGCUUAAUUCGCCCAGUCGUCAAAUGCGUCAAACUUCCCAAGCAGCCGAGUCAAAUGCAGAUCCAAGCAGCAGCCGAACGGAUCCUUUGCCCUCGCAGAGGACGGAGGGGAAUACCGCAGCUGCCACAUCCAACCGCGACUUAAAUAACACACUUCUUGCCAGAGCUCAGGACACGAUUUAUGAAAAUAUGAUCCACGAAUCGGAUGCGCCAAACAUUUCUGCCAACUCUGGUUCUGGAACUGAAGGAGGUCCCGAGAGCACAGAGGAAACAAAAGAGCCCAAAAACGAGUACAAGGAUGGCAUAUCAGCUGAGGAUGGACAAACGUUUCCCAUUCGCAAUUUUGAUUACGUGAAAAUGGCAUUCAGUGGGCACCGCAACUCAAGGACAAUGGUAAAGGGCGCUUGCUUCUGGGGUGACGACUUUAUAAUGUCGGGUUCCGACUGUGGCCAUAUAUUCGUUUGGAAUCGACGGACCGGAAAGGUGGUCAAGACGCUUCUGGCAGAUAAUCGUGUAGUCAAUCGUGUUCAACCACAUCCCACGCUCCCCUACCUUCUUAGCUCCGGCAUCGACUACAAUGUGAAGGUGUGGGCCCCAGUAGCUCCUGUUCCCCAUUUCGACGAUACCGAAACCGCCGGACUUAUAAAGAGCAAUGAGAUUAUGUUAGUGGAGACUCGCGACACUAUAACCGUGCCUGCCCAGAUAAUGAUACGAAUUUUGGCCAGCCUACAUCAGUAUCGCCGGUUAAUGCACGAAUCUGGUGGCGAAGCCAGAUCGAGGCAAGAAGCUCCAUCUAGUAAUGACGCUGAAGCUCCUAACGGUGAUAACUAAGUUAAAUCGUGAUCACAACAACGCUGAACUAUGUAAAUCCAUCAAUAUUUAUCCACAAACAUUUCUGAAUUACUCACCUGCUAUGCUGUAGUAAAAGGUGCUUGGUACACACCCCAACAGAUGCAGCAAAGUGACUGAAGCGGAAACAGCUGGUCACUGCUUUUCCUUCCCUAUUUUUCAUAUAUUCCUCCUGUUUCACCACUCUUCUUCCCCUGCGACGGACGUGCUCAAGUUAUCGACGCAAGAAGUAGGAACGGGAAAACGUUUCUUUGUGUAAUGAAAAGCGUAUUAAAGGUAAUAUACCAUAUUACUAUAUAAGUGUAUGAUCUAGCAGUUCCAUUUUCACU